UUUAUCCCUGCCUUUGACCAUCCGACCUACAGUACCUGUCAACACAAUGCACUUCUCCUGUAAAGGUACUUUUUUUUAGAAUGUGAGGCGCCAGCGAAGCAGCUGUUUAAGGAAGCGGUUGUAAAGAAAAAAAUAAAAAAUGGCGGAACACUAAUUGUCCCCGGAGAACGUCUGAGAGGGGGGUUUAUAAACGAAGUUGAGCACAGUUUGUCCCUCUUAUUAUCAGCAACCGGCCGGACUCUGGGAAUGACAUUUGUUGCCACUUACAGGAUGGAGUGGCUGUUCCCGCGGUGCCAUAAAGAGGCUGUCUUCUACUCUGUAUUUCGCUCUGUGCUGCUCAUGUUAUGUUUGCUCCUGGUCCUGUCCGUGUCCAUGUACCCUGGGUUGUGGUCCAUUGGGGUCCAGCUUCAUUCAGCCCUCACGGGGAGCUAUGUACCAGGCCACCACUCUGUCCUUCUCAUCAACAGUCCCAAUGAGCAGGCAGCCAAGGACAUUGGCAGGGCAAUCAUGGAGAGGCGGCUGGCAGCCAGUAUUAACAUUCUCUCCAGGACCUCCACAAUGUACUACUGGAAAGGCGAAAUCCAGGAUGCAAGUGAAAUUCUCAUGCUGGUGAAAACAAAGACCUCGAGGAUCCAGCAACUCAUAGACUGUGUGAGGUUCUUCCACCCUUAUGCAAACCCAGAAGUCCUCAGCUUCCGGGUGGAGGACGGCAGUCUGGCUUACAUGAAGUGGAUGGAUGAAGCAAUUCCAGAUGACUGAUACAUCAUUAAAAUCAAAGCCAAUCUCUGUAUGGACAGCAGCCGAACAAGGAAGCUGAGCCAUGUUCACAGGCUGUUGUUUGAAGGCUUUGGAUUUAAGGGUACCGCUAUGAUGUUCUCAGUUAACUCUCACUCGUAAAACUGACUUAGCAUGGCUUAAUCUGACCACGAACAAAGUUUUAAAAAUGGAUGACAAAUUAAAAAGCCUGUCGUAGAGUAAAUAUGAGUGAGAGUCCAAAAUGUACAAAAUAAUAGACAAAAUGGAGGAAUCACCUCUCUAUCUGAUGUAUUAUUUACCCACACCUCAUUUUAUACAUUGUUUCAACACUUAUACAGAUAACACUUACCUUUAAUAGCAAUGAUCUUUGAGUAAUUUGCAUUUGAUGAAACAUGCUCUCUUGUCCUGCUUUUUUAAUGUAUUCAUUUAAGAUUAUCACUCUUUUAGGUAGCCAUUAAGGUUUGCCUUUAAGGCAUGUUUAAUAAGUAAUAGUUUGUGCUGAUCAUAUGGUACAUCACAAGGUAUAUUGUAGCCAUGUACUGCCUGUCGUUGAACAUAUCAUUGUCUAUACUGUAACAUAUCCUUUUACUAUAUUUAUUGUUAUGAAUUCAAAAGUCAAACGAUUUUGUAAAGCUGUGAUCAAAGACACGUAAGCCUUCCAAAAGAAACCUGAUCAGCAAUUCUCAGAAGGACAGGACAUGAGAGCGAUCUACAUGCACCUACAGUUCGAUAGGUUAUUGAUCUGUCAGGUUGUAGAAGAUUUCCUUUAUUGAAGCAAAAGACGCAGUAAGCGACACGUAACUGUUUGCUAUGUGUGCUGUAUUUAUGUUUAAUUAGUUGCUGGUCUGCUCCAAGUUAGCUCAGCUUGGACCAAUAAAACAUUUACUGCCACCUUGUAUAACCACAAAUAAAGCUACACAGAGUUACUGAGAAUAAAUUAACAGAUAUGAAGGAUAGCAUUUGGCAGCAUUGUGCCAGUUGACCCGGUCUCCCACUUGUAUUUCUAAUCACUUAAUUAUAAACUGUUUUCAUUGUUUUGUUUGUAUCUUGAAGAACUGGUGCUGAUCUGAGCAGGUCUCCCCUGGAUAACAAAUCCUUGAUCUCCGCAGGAGUAGUCUCGCAAAAAUAAAUCUUUAAUUGGAUAAUGAAAACACACUAAUUUGGUAAUCAGCUCACACUUUCACAUCUUGAGACCAUCACAGGUCUUAUUAUCUGAUAACAGGAGAUGUGGUACAUGACCACAGAGAUGGCGCAUACAUUUUGUUGAAUUCUAUUAUUAUGCCUGUACAUUUUCUGUUAUUUAAAUUUCAAAAGAAACUUCAGUAUUCUGAAAUACAACAGAUCUGCCAGUUAUACCAUGCCAUAUUUGUUGUUAUACAGGUCAGCCAUGCAUGCUUACCUCUAACAAAAAUACACACUAAGCCUCAGUCUGCAGAAAGCGGUUCCGGCAUGAGGCCCCAACAAAGGAACUGCAGACAUGGUUUAGUCGGGUGUUGUGUCUAUGGAGCCAAAAUAAUCCUCCCGAUCAGGUCCAGAGACCAGGUCAUUUGGUGGCAGUGUGUGUGUGUGUGUGUGUGUGUAUGUGUGUGUGUGUGUGUGUGUGUGUGUGUGUGUAGGGGGGGGGGUGUCUUUUGCGUCAAUGCUUAUGUAUCCAUUCACGUCAGUGUGUAUGUACAGGAUGUGUGUACAAGCCAUGUUUAAAUAUGCCAUACAUACUUAAAGGUACUUGCGUGCCUUUGUAAGUAGCUAUGACCAACUGGUGAACAAUGACAUGUGAAAUAAAUAUUGCAAUUCAUCAUUGCAAAAAGUGAAAAA